UAGGCGGAGUCUGGCAGUUGGUUGGUGGAUGAAAUAGGAGCGCGAGAAGUUUGUUUGACCGGCGGUGUGCUCGGUAUGGGCUAGUUGAAGGUAGAGUGUAACGUUAUCUCCCCGGUAACAGCUGUAGUUGGGCAGGUCAUACGUUGCUUGCUCGUUAUCUGUUAGCGGCACAGCGGGGUUGGAAAGCUUGUUUUCGUCGGUAUUCACGGGAGUGGGAUGCAUUGGCUAUAAUCAACGUUUUGGGAGUAAAUUUACUUGUAUAUGGACGUAGAGGAGUCUGGCUCACGGUCAACGAUGCAGGCAACAGAACCGGUGCCUGGUGGUAGGUGUCUGAAUGCCGAGCUGUUGGAGUUUCUCUUUCCUCCUCUUCAUCUUGCGGCAGCUGCUGUCUGGCACACAGUGCAGAAACGACAGACCCAUCACUACAGCAAAGCUGUGGAAUUUGUUGAGGCUAUUAAUGAUUCUGCACCAGAUCUAGUUUCCUUUCGGCACUAUGCCAAAUUGAGCAUGGGACUAAAAGCAAAGGUCCUUCUGGAUAUGUUUGUCACUGAUGCACCUCAUGAAAAGAUUUUUCAAACUUUGGAUCUAUAUUUUCCGGACUCUGCACCAAGGCAUCCACUGGCAACUAAGAGAGAUGUAGCUAAAAUUGGAGAGGCUCAGAAGGCAUUUCGGGAAUUGGUGGAACAGCUAAUAAAGGAUAAACAUUACAGAGAGCAGUAUCUUAAGGAGGAGAUGGAUGAAGAAUAUGGUGAAACCUUUUUGGCAGCAUUACAGAAAUUGCUUUGGGAAUACAUAGUUCGACUGGACAGCACUUUGCCAAAACUGCCAGUUUCUGAGCUACUAGAGACAGCAUCUUCUAUUGAACCUUCAUCUCCUGAAUCCUCAAAACUAAUGUCUCAUCUCUUAGUGCAGCCACUUGCACAGAGUUUGCCAAAGUUGUUCCAGUAUUUCCGAGAGUUGGGUCAUUUAAAGACCCCAGAUGUAGCAGAGAAUGUAAGAAAUGACCAGGGAGAAGAUUUUCAUAUUUUUCCAGCCAGCAGAAGACAAGGUAAUUCAUCAGAUGCAGAUUCCGAGCAAUCAGACGAUGGUGGCCUUGAACAUGCAUGUUUGUCUAGUAAUAUUCCCAAAGAUGGUACUGAUGAGUCGACUGGCAAAUUAAGUGACUUGCAAAAAGAGCUUCAGGUCCGGUCCCUGAUGUCUCAGCAGAUUGACAAAGCACUCGGGUCUGAUUCUGAAAGUGGCUUCCAAUUUGAUCUAGAGAAAACACCUAAAAAGAGAAGAGCAGUCCAGGUGUCCAGUUCUGGUAGUCUACUAGAAGUGGCGGGGUGUAGUGUCGGCAGCGAGUUGGCAGAGCGGUCAGCAGAAAACUCCUUUACUUGCACACCUCAGUCUUGCAGCAAGCUGUCUAAUUUACAGUCCUGUAGUCCAGCCCUUAGCAUUACAAAAGGAUGGGACCAUUCUGAGUUCCGCACACCUGUUCCCACAGGAAAGCAAAUAUUCUCAAAAGAGAUAGUAGCACGGGUACUGCUGAAAAGGUCUGAUGGGAAGACUAUAUCACCGGAAAACCCUCCAAGUUGUAGGAAAACCCUUGAGGAAGGAAAUGCUCUGAAGCUAGUUAGAAAAGAGUUGAUCGAGACUUGCUUGAAGUACCAGCCCAUGGUUCUUUUACAUCGUCUCCAUACAGUGAACUUGAAAUCUCUUAAUGUUGAGUUGUCAAAGAACAGGACUACUGACCUGUCCUGUAAGAAGGUGCCCAGGUCUGUCUGCACAUCUGUUUCCACUUCAGAAUCUUCCUCCGACAGUGAACCUACUAGAAAAGACUGCAUGUCCCAGAACACACAGAGUGUCAAUAGUGAUUUGCAGACUAGCUCCCCUGAGUUCAAAAUUCAAGGAAGGCGACUGGGUAGUUUUCCAUGUCGUGGAAUGAGAUUCCCACAGAUGCAGAAGCAGCAGUGUAAACCACAGCAGCUCUUAAAACGAUUCAUGCAGCUGCAAGAAGAGCUUAAAGAACAGAGUUCAAGUAUCAAUGCAGCUGUGUUGCCAUUUGGGAAUAUAAAUGACAACAUGAGCAACUUUCUGACACGCGAACUCUCAGAAAUAGUGAGCCUGCAGACGUCUCCCUCCAAACAAGGUUCUGAUCCCCUGGGUCCGACAGAGUGUCUCUUUCAGACCAGCAUCAUACCAGAGAGCUCUGAUAUCAUUCUGGACUCUGAAGAUGAGGAAGAGCAGCUGCAUUCCCUGAACAAAUGGGUGACCCUGAAACACUACCAGAGAACAAAAUUCAAUACCUUCAUUCCUACACUGACGGAGCACAUGAAGCCUGAGGGUGUCCGACCAUGUUAUAUUCCACUCUACAAGGGACAUAUCCCCACACUGAUGAAGCUUCUGAAACCGAGGGAAUGGAAAUUGUACUGUUUGAAGUCACGCUGCUUAAAACGACGAUGCUGUGUCCUGCUCCACAGAAUUCAGGUGAAGUCCUAAACCUAAUACUCUACAUUCGGCAUUCAGUGCUGCCCUUUAUCUUUGAAAAAAUCUGGUGUGUAGAAAAAUCAUAACCGAUACCACCAGAGCCACAAUUUGGUGCAUUCUCUUCUUUUGGGACACUCCAUGGAGAUUGUUUGCCUCGUUAAGCAGAUUUAAUUUGUGCAGGAAUCUUGGAUCUUCCUCUCCUCCAGUUCAUUUGAUUUUGUAAUGAGCCUCUUUAAGUAAUGAACACAUUGUGCAAGUCUUCAGGAAAGACAAGUAUUGAAGAGAUACUGUUUACUUAUUAAAAUUGUCUUGCUGUGUUGUAUAGUUUCUGCUUGCUCAGCUUACUUUAGGCAGUACUGUCAUUGGGAUACAUAGCUGGGAAUAGAAGUACCAGCUUAAUGCCUCCAAGAAUAUUGUUUACUUUUUGGCAGAAUAUAAUUUACAGCAUGUAAAGUUUUGCUAGUAACUGGCAAUAUCUAAUUUAUAGUAUAUAAAGUUUUGUUAGUAAAAUAAUUCUUAAAUAUUUUUGUAUUGUAACUAUUAAUAGUGCUUUCUUCAGUACUGUUUCAUUCCAAUAGUGGUAACAAAUUUGUAAUAAAUUUAGUGCGUUUAAA